UGCGCCUGAGGAGAGAUGGCACCGCCCUGUCCCGCCCACAAAAUGGCAGCGUGCGGGUUUCUCCCGCUGCGCUGAGGCGGCCAGUUUGGGGUCGUCUCCAUUCCUCGGUACACCUGGUCCCUGAGCCGACGCUGUCGGGGGGAACAGGCAGCCCGGUGCGGUGUCCCCCGAUGGAACUGGGUCGGUUGGAGUACCUGCAGGCGCUCGUCACCGAGUUCCAGGUGACGGACAGCACAGAGGCCAAGGAGCAGGUGCUGGCGAACCUGGCCAACUUCGCCUACGAUCCUAGCAACUAUGAGUAUCUCCGGCAGCUCCAGGUGCUGGACCUGUUCCUCGAUAUGCUUACCGAGGACAACGAGACCCUCGUGGAGUUUGCCAUGGGUGGUCUUUGCAACCUGUGCUUGGAUAAAACAAACAAAGAGUACAUCCUGGAGGCCAGUGGGGUGGAGCCCAUCAUCAACUGCCUGUCCAGCUCCAACGAGGAGACCGUGGUGUCAGCUGUGACCACACUGAUGUUCCUGACGACACCACGGUCGCGCGCACAGACCACGGCGCUGCCUGUGGUGGAAUGCAUGCUCCGCUUCUCGCUCUCGGCCAACACACGCCUCAGUAACCUGGCAUCCAUCUUCCUGCAGGAUUACUGCAGCCCUCCACAGGUGGAGGAGGCCAGGAACCUCAGCAAGCACACGGCAGUGGGCAUUCCUCUGCCCAAGGACUGAGCAGGGCUGUGGAGAGGGGAACCUCCUGCUGUUUCUCACUUUCUGCUCAGCAGGUCAAGAGCAGCAUUAAAGAGAGGAGUUGGUCCCAUCAGUGCUGGUGUUUAGUUAACAAACAGGAUGGAACAGCACUAACACAGCAGCUGGGCCAAGCACACAGCUAAGCCUGCAAAUAUUUAAAAUAAAGCAGGUCAUUGCUGCACAUUGGAAAGUGCUUUGCCAAGUGCAGCUCAGCACCCAGCUUGCACAAAUAACCCUUCCCAGUAAUGAGGGGUGUUCUGCUCAGGUUGUUGAGCAGAAUUAUAUCCACUCUUGUUCCUGGCUGAUUGUGCUACACCUCUCCCCUUCAGUAUCCGUGACAAGUGACGCUAAGUGUCAACUCAAGUCACUGAAAUGUCACAGAAAGGUAUUCCUCCUGCAGAGAAAGGAAUUUCCCUGCCCUGGCAGUUCACAAUCUCUCCAUCCCUGUGGCACUAGUUAUGCCAUCCUCUAGUCAUGGCACAGGCAGCCAACUAGGGAAUCACUACAUAGGGCAGGCUGUAGCUGCCCUAUAAAUGAAGAAGUGGUAAGUUUGUCUUUAUUACCACUGGUGAGAAAGGUGAAGUAAAAAUAAAAAAUGGGGCUCACGUGAGGCUCAUGAGAACAGCUCUCUUGUAAAAGCUUCUGUUAAUAAAACAUUAAAUGCUGUGUAAUCA